AAUGUGAACAAAGCAACAGUUUGUUUGGUUUGCGUCAGGACGCGCUGCUCUUCUGAAGUUAGUUUGAAUUAUGAGAACGUUUCACUUCUGGUUUACAGUUUCUGAAGUGUAAUUUAAACACAAUUAAUCUUCCCAUAACUUGGUGAAAAGUCGUUUUUGUGUCCCUCCUCCUCCUCCUACGGUUGAGGAAGCGGCGCGCAGAGCGGAUGCCGGGAGCGCACAGACAGUUUGCGGUGAGCUGUCUGUCUCUCCGUCAGUGAGCCUGCGCGGCUCGAUGUGCGACAGCAGCAGCAGCAGGAGGAAGACAGACAGACAGUUACGGUGGCUGAAGCUCGGCCCGGAUGGCACCGAGCUCCCGCUGAGCGCGAGCGGCAGAGCACCCAAGUGGCGAGUCGGGGGGUGGGUGGGGGGGCUGUACGUGAAACUCAAAGAAGUCGGGAUGGACGGAAAAGGCACGCUCAAAAUGUUCACCAGGAAGAAACGGGAACUCAUUAAGACGCCAUCCAUCUCGAAGAAGAGCCGAGCAGGAAGCCCCGGGCCGCAGAGCAGCGCCCAGCCUUUGUCCAUCCUUCAGGAGCAGCCUCGGAAAGAUGCGGGCGACAUCACUCUCUUAUCUUCACCCGCACCCUCCUCAUCCUCAACUCUCACCCCGUCCUCCGCCGGACUCCAGGACCCCUCCCUGUCCUGCCCGGGGACCCCCAGCAUCCAGCACAGCAAGCUGGCAGCGAUGCAAGGCGUGGGCUGUCCGUCCCCUGUGUCCACCCUGAAGAGACCGACCGCACUGAGCAGACACGCCAGCGCUGCAGGUUUCCCGCUCCAGUCGUGGGUGUUCACUAAAGGCCAGGGCAGAGGGGCCCUGACCCCCACGACUCCGUCUGAAGGUCCUGAGAGCACGGCCAUCGAGGUUGAGGACAUCCCGGCGCUGCUGAGGGACGUGGCACGCUUUGCCGAGGCUGUGGAAAAACUGAAGGAUGUCGUGCUUGCUGAAGGUAAGAAGGAGGGUCAGCGGCCUGCGGCUCACGAGUGUCUGGGGGAGGUCCUGCGGGUGCUGCGUCAGGUCAUUAACACCUACCCUCUGCUCAACACCGUGGAGAUCCUCACCGCUGCCGGCAAGCUCAUAUCCAAGGUCAAAGGUUUCCACUAUGAGGCUUCUAACGAGGCCGAUAAACAGGACUUUGAGAAGGCCAUUGAAACCAUCGCAGUUGCCUUUAGCAGCAAUGUGUCUGAGCUGCUGAUGGGAGAGGUGGACAGCAGCACGCUGCUCUCCCUGCUGCCCACCGAGAAGAGCAGGUCGAUGGAGAACUUGUACGCUGCAACUGGCCAGGGAGGGGACGGGGGACAGUUCAGGAGCGACCUGCAGGACAUGGGCAGAGUUGAGGAAGUGGAUGUGAUCCUCCAGAACAGCGAGGGAGGGGUGGACUCGGCUCUGCUCUACGCCAAAACCAUUUCCAAGUACAUGAAGGACCUGAUAAGCUACGUGGAGAAGAGGACUUCACUGGAAACUGAGUUCGCCAAAGGCCUCCAGAGAUUAUACCAGUCCUGCAAACACAGCAUAACACAUCCACAAAUGCCCCUCUUCUCCAUCUACUCUCUGGCUCUGGAGCAGGACCAGGAGCAGAGUGUGGGGCUGCAGCAGGCCAGCAACACGCUGCACAGCCAGACCUUCAUCCAGCCUCUGAUGCAGCGUAAACAGGAGCAUGAGAAGAGACGGAAGGAGAUCAAGGAGCAAUGGAUUCGAGCAAAGAGAAAACUGAUGGAGUGUGAAGUGAACCUGCGGAAAGCCAAGCAAGCCUUCAUGGCCCGCUGCGAGGAGUACGACAAGGCCAAAACAGCAGCCAGCCGCGCCGAGGAAGAGGGAGGAGGAUCUACAGCGAAAUCUGUGGAGAAGAAGAAACGAGUAGAGGAGGAGGCUCGGAACAAGUCAGAUGAGGCGGAGGCCACGUACCGGACGUGUAUAGCAGACGCCACCGCUCAGCAGCUGGAGCUGGAGCACACAAAGGUCACAGUGCUGAGACAACUGCAGGACAUCAUCAAACAGAGCGACCAGACCCUCCGCUCGGCGACCAUCUCCUACUACCAGCUCAUGCACAUGCAGACGGUAGCGUUGCCAGUCCACUACCAGACUCUGUGUGAGAGCAGUAAGCUGUAUGACCCGGGCCAGCAGUACGCCGCCCACGUGCGAGACCUGCAGCUACCGGGGCAGCCGACUGUUCAGUACACAUUUGAGAAUUACUGUCCCUCCAGCUCAUCGUCACAGCAUGGCCACAGACCCAGGAAUGACAGUUUCAACACGGAGCAGACGAGCCAAACGGACAGUCCGUCCAUCAGUGUGGACACCACAGCUGGAGAAAGCAGAGACGCAGAGGUUCAACGCAAGAGGCAAGGCCACAAGUCGUGGGGUUCAACAGUGAGUGACGACAGUGUUGGAGGAGAAGGAGGCCUCGAGUCUCCGACUGCCAGCACAAGUGACAUCAGUAAAAUUGCUCGGACGUCAUCCACUGGAACAAUGUCAUCCAACGAGGACGCAGAUGAGAAAGAGGGAAACGUGACCUCAUUUGAAUCUCCAAACAUGAACGGCAUGGAUCCUGAUGUGGUGGUGUCCACCAGACCUUUCCGUAACAUCGGCCUGUCGAAGGCAGCCAGAACCCACCGACUGAGGAAACUACGGACUCCUGCAAAGUGCCGCGAGUGUGACAGCUACGUUUACUUCCAGGGGGCCGAGUGUGAGGAGUGUUUCCUGCCGUGUCACAAGCGCUGUCUGGAGACUCUGGCCAUCCAGUGCGGCCACAAGAAGCUGCCGGGCCGCCUGCAGCUUUUCGGCAGGGACUUUUCUCAGGUCGCCAGCUGCGCCAGUGACGGCAUCCCCUUCAUCAUCACUAAGUGCAUCUCUGAGAUAGAGAGGCGGGCGCUCAAGAUGAAGGGCAUCUACAGGGUGAACGGGGUGAAGACUCGUGUGGAGAAGCUGUGUCAGGCCUUUGAGAACGGCAAGGAGCUGGUGGAGCUGUCCCAGUGUUCACCACAUGACAUCGGCAACGUCCUCAAGCUUUACCUCAGACAGCUGCCGGAGCCCAUCAUGCCGUUCCGCCUGUACAACAGCCUGAUGGGUUUGGCGAAGGAGAGUCUGCAGGGUGAAGCGGACACACCAGAGGGAGAGGAGGCCGAGUCCAACAGUGUCAGCCCGGCAGUGGGGAAGGGGCUGGUGGAUCUGGGCCCUGAAACCGACCCUGAGGUCCUGGUCCUGGUGGAGAAGCUGAAGGAGCUUUUGAAGGAGUUGCCCAAAGCUAACAUCGCCACGCUGCGCUACAUUAUUCGCCACCUCCGAAAGAUUGCAGAGCUGGAGGAUGACAACAAGAUGAGUCCCAGUAACCUGGGUAUUGUGUUUGGUCCCUCCCUGAUGCGUCCCCGUCCCACCGCCACGAUAUCUCUGUCUUCUCUGGUUGAUUACCCCCACCAGGCACGCAUCGUGGCCUUAAUAGUCUUCUAUUCGUCCAUCUUCCAGUCCAAAACCUCCCAGUCCCACAAAACCGGUCGCUCUGCUUCCACCUCCACUCAGCAGGGGAGUAUUGGAGACGACAAGAUUGGGAGCUCUGCUGAUGGAGAGGAUGGAGGUAGAGAGGAGCCAAAUAAACAAGAAUCUGACAAGAUGGAGGAGGGAUGUGGAAGUUCUUUAGGGUCGCUGGGCUCUAGUGAACAGCUCCCUGACUCCGACUCUGAGCUGGACGAGAGCGGCCAGCGGACUGCACUGUCCCUCAGACUGUUGAAGCAGGAGAGCGAAGUCAGCAUGGACGAAGACCAGCUGAGCUACAGGGACAGUCUGGACCUGUCCAGCCAGUCUGCAACCCAAACCGACCCGGAACAAGAUGCAGAUACCGACAGUCACAACCCCAACAGAGCAGAGCCCCCUGCGCUACCAGACAGCGGGCCCCCAGAUGACGACACAAGUGCGGAGCAGGACCUGAGCGCCUCUCUGGCAGAGCUCAAUGUGAACCAGUCCAACAACAACUACCCGUGCUCCCCCAUUUUAAGCUUGUCGGGGCUCCCACUGGCGCGUCUGUGUGGGAAGAAAUUACCCCUGACCAGAAACAGGGACAGUGAGCCUGAGUUUGUCUGAUAUUAUCUAAGUCAUUGUGUGUGUGUGAGAGGUCAGAGUGAAAAGAACAAUGUGGUUUUUAUGAAUUAAAAUCCAGCUAAACCUGCACCUGAGAGCGCUAUUGUGUUGUGUACAUCAAGAUUAAAGUUCUUCGUGUAUGUGGGUGUUUGCAGCCCGAUUGAUCUAUCUAAACUUCUGCGCGCUUACUGCUGUUUGAUGCAAUACAACAUAUUUUUCACUCAAGUGAUUUAAAAUUGUAGUUUAUAAAAAGUUUGUAUUUUAUAGCCUUUUAUUCUUGCAAGCUUGAGGAGAAGAGGGUAACAAGCCAUAUCAGAACAUGCAGAAUUUUAGAGCAAAUCCACUUUAAAGUGCUGCUGGUUUUAUUUCAGCACUAACAUUUUAAAGAAUAAAUUUAGCAGUCUCUUAUGAAUGUUGCCUGUAUUGCCUUGUUAUGGAUGUUUGGUCUGUUUUAAUAAACGUUUUAUUUUAA